AUGAAAGCACAACAUGCUCUUCAGAGGUUCCAAACCAAGCUACAACUUUCUUCUGAAGUCCCAAACCAUAUAGAAAAGAACACAGAAAUAGAUGGGAAUUUUUUUUCUUUUUCUACCCCAGAACUUGGCUGGAUCUCAAAAGUGCAUGUGAAUCGACCUGCAGUUGUGAGGCAUGCAGAACAAAUUAAAAAAUGGAGAACUGUGAAAGGUAAUUGGCAAGCUGCUUGGCUGCUGAAAGCUGUCACCUGCAUAGACCUUACCACUCUUUCAGGUGAUGAUACUCCUUCAAAUGUUCACAGGCUGUGUUUUAAAGCAAAGCAUCCCAUCAGAGAGGAUCUGCUGAAAGCCUUGGACAUGCACGAUAAAGGUAUUACUGUUGGAGCAGUUUGUGUAUAUCCAACAAGAGUCACCGAUGCUGUUAACGCCCUAAAGGCUGCUGGUUGUAACAUACCAGUAGCUUCAGUGGCUGCUGGGUUUCCAUCUGGACAAACUCCUCUAGAAACCAAACUGGCCGAAAUAAAGCUAGCUGUGGAAUAUGGUGCCAGAGAGAUUGACAUUGUCAUCAGCAGGAGUCUAGUCCUGAGUGGCCAGUGGGAAGGUCUCUACAAGGAGAUCCGUCAGUGCCGUGAGGCCUGUGGAGAAGCUCAUAUGAAAACAAUCUUGGCGACAGGUGAACUGGGGUCCCUUGCUAAUGUCUACAAAGCCAGUAUGAUAGCUAUGAUGGCAG